CUCGAGUCGAGAAUCGAGAUAGCUACCGCACACAACCGCAGCACCCGGAGCCGGAUAUUGACUCGAUAGUCCAUUCGAAGAGGACCCUUAGUAGACGUCUGGACUGCGCCGCACAAACGUCUUCGCCUACACCGACGACUUGUCUCCUAGGCAGGCUUCACCAAGAGACCCCGCAUCCGGAAGGCACGAGACACAAGGCACAAACAUGGCAGAGCGAAGGUCGUGGGCAUCAUUUGCUCCCGCUGACUACGAUUACCCUUCCGCCACGGCGAGCCCUGACGAUGCUGCCGCUACUGCUGCUCCAACACGAGUAGACAGGCUUCGUCGCGUUGUUCAAAGGAACAGCGAACUGAGACGAGAAUCCGAAGAGGCCGAACGUAACGCCAGAUGGGCCCCUCCGCCCUCGCGCCUGAGACGUCGCCGCUAUAGGAAUCUCGACGACCAGUCUCCUCCGCGUUUCACCCGCAACACGUCAGCUCUCGAUCAGCCAUCCUCUGACCUCGACGAACCUAGGCAGCAUAAUGUUAAGAGAAGAAAGUUGGCCCAUGAGCCAAACUACAAGUAUGGUCAUUACGGGCAAGUCGACCCUGGCAGGCUGAAGCUUGAACUGGAGAGUUGUGAUGGCGAGGUACACAACGAAGAGCGCAGUGGCAUUGAUUUUGGCCCCGAGAACAUCCUCAAGCACGAUAAGAGCGUCUACUGUUCUCGUGCAUCCAAGUGCAAUAUUGUCUUGCGUCAUCACGAUGAUUCAACCUUCUGUUUGGAAAAACUGUACAUCAUCGCUCCUGAAAACGGCUUCACUGCCCCGUAAGAUGGUCAAGUCCACGCCUCUCUAAUUCUCUGCUAAUACAUGGCAGAGUAAAGGAGGGUCUGGUCUAUGUUGGUAUGAGCCGAGACGACCUUCAGCCAUACAUCAACAGCUCCACCCAGCAUUAUGACUACUUGAACCCACCUAGAAGUCCGCCAUCACGUC